AUUUGAAAACAACUCAAAUCAAAUCUCUCCUCUAGUAUUUGUCAAAACACAAAAACAAUGGCAACUUCCGCAACAAACGCAGCUGCUGAACCAGAUGUCUCCAUUAACAGCGACGAAGAACUUAGAAAAAUCUUCAACCAAUUCGACGCCAACGGCGACGGCAAGAUCUCGCUCAGCGAACUUGGCGGCGUUAUGAAGGCCAUGGGCUCAACCUACACAGAGGCCGACCUCAAGCAGGUAAUGGAAGAUCUCGACACCGACAAGGACGGAUUUAUUAAUUUAUCAGAGUUUGCCUCCUUCUGUCGCUCCACCUCUGGUUCCAACGGCGAUACUGAGCUCCGCGAUGCGUUUGACCUCUACGAUCAGAACAGGGACGGCUUGAUCUCCCAUAAGGAAUUGCAUUCGGUGUUGAGUAGGCUGGGAAUGAAGUGUACGGAAAACGAAUGUGUGAAUAUGAUCAACUCUGUCGAUUCUGAUGGAGAUGGCAUGGUUAAUUUUGUGGAGUUUAAACAUAUGAUGACCAGCUCUGUCACCAAAACUUCUGAGCCGUAGAUUUUGAAUUCGACGGUGAUUAGGAAUCAGGUCAAUGAUCUCCCAUCUGCUGGAUAACACGUUAUCGUUUUUACUUCCAUUCCAUCCCCCUGUUUUCAGCAAGAUGAUGACAAUAAAUUAAUUGCAAGUCUGUUUUUUUAAGUUUGCGAGUUAACAGCAUUUAUUGUGUAGACUUUUUAUGUUGACCAUAAAUUUCUCAUAAAUUUUGCAUUGUUUUAACGUGAAUUUUAUGAGAAACACGGUUUUUAUGA